AGCUCAACACCAGCUCCAGUCUCGCAUCUGAUCUCGGGAUGAGAAAACCUAUCGCCCUUACUCCGGUGCGACCGCGGUCACGUGCUUUUGCGUAGACGUCAAAAUGACAAUAGGGACUCGUUCUAGUGCCAUAUGGAUCUUUGGUUUCUUGACAGUUUUGUGGUACGGCGUCGCGGCGCAAGAUCUUAUGUGCUGUUUACACGCUACUGGUUCAUGUAGGAAUGUCUGUGAGAAGAUAUCGUUAGUGGAUUUAGCUGCCAAUGGUGGAUUGAGGAAUCAAACCACAUUAGAAGUACAAAAAUAUUGCUCAUCUCAGUUGACAACUUUUUGGGAGUGCCUCAACGCCACGUUCAGAGAUAUCUCCAGAGGGGAAAACUGGUCGGGCAGAUAUUGCUGUCAAGUUCCGAACAGCGAAAGCUGUCGCAGGGCCUGCAUAACAGCAACUUCGCCAUACGAUUUGGCGCAAGGAUGUCGACAAAGCGAUGAAAUUGCUUUCUUCAGCUGUCUGGAUCGCCAGAGAGAGGGAGAUAGCUGCUGCGCCAAUGCCAGAACUGAUGAUUGUAGAGAUGCAUGCUUGGAUAUUUUCCGUAGUAGGCUGAGCCCAAGCGAUUACCAACGACAAAGAGUCAAAGAUAUAUGUGAUACCACUAGUCCAGAUGUCAGCGAAUGCAUCAAAGAUUUCGUACAAGUUACACCUAUUAAUCCAAAAAGACUAAGCCACUGCUGUGAUAUGUCCAACAAAAGUAAGUGUAGAGAUACUUGCAGAAGAAUUUUAUCAACCACUGAAACCACCCUGCAAACAUUACUCGAUGACCUAGAGGUUGGAGGCUGUGGACCAUUUUUAUUACAGGAUUUCUUCUGGCAAUGCUUCUUCCAAUCACCAGAAACUCCAUCGACUUCUCUGGGAGGAUCUAUAAUUUCCAGGGUGGGCAUAGAUAGUGCCAAAUGGCAUUGCUGUCAGAGGGCGAACAACCCCCAAUGUCAACGGCUGUGCUCCAAAACAUUCAGUAAAUCUUGGAUAACAUACUGGAAGGAUUUUCAGAUGAAAUGCUUGAAUCAGUCUUCUGAGGAAAAUUUGAGGAACUGUAUUGAUGAAGUUGACGAACCCUGCGAGCUGGGCUGUGACGGACUGAGCUUCUGCACCAACUUCAACAACAGGCCAACGCAGCUGUUUCGAUCCUGCACCACCCAAGCAGACGAUGCAGCCAGAAACGACGUAAGAUACUGGCAAACCGGUAACAGAUUUUCCCUGUUUGGUCUCAGCCUGCCGCUCAAAAACUCCACGAAUUGCACCCCAAACCUCUGGCAAACCGUUGCGUGCACCUUAGAGAUCAAACCGUGUUCACGUCACACCCACUCCACCCAAAUUUGCCGGCAGGAUUGCUUGGACAUCUUAUCCCAAUGCAUCGAUUGGGGCGAGAUGGACUUGGAACACACGGCUGAUACGAUCUGUUCCAGCAUAUCACCACAAGAUCCAGCAGCAUCCUGUAUCAGUUUGGAAGAGUUUGCGACUCCACUGGAGAACGUCCCUCAGCGUUUGGCAGCGCAGGUCUCGUCUCCGUGCAAGGGUAAUCCGUGUGAAGCUAAUGAAGUAUGCGUGGUCAACCAUCAUUGUGCGCAUGGCACUCGGUGCUCGCCUUACACCUGCGAGCUAGGUUGCAAACUUGGCAACGUGAGCGAGUAUAUGGUACCCCACGGUACCUACGUCAGAAUACCUAUUCCGAACAACCCUAGAGGGUGUCUGAAGAUAUGCAAAUGUAACAAAGGCAGAAUAGAGGAAUGCCAACCUCUUCUAUGCAUUCCUCUGACUCACUGUCUCCUUGGAAACACCCAACAAGUCCAUGGAUCCUCGUUUGAAGUCGACUGCAACCACUGUAGUUGUUACGCUGAGGAGGUGAUAUGCAGCAAGAAACAAUGCGAGACGAGUGCUUUAAGUGGUAGAAAUACUGCCUACACAACGUUACCCUGCAAUUGUCCACAACACUUCAUACCUGUCUGUGGUAGCAAUGGUAAUUCAUAUCCAUCAGCUUGUUUAGCUAAAUGUGCAAUGCUCAGUGAUUCUAACAUAGAUCUUCUGCCGUGUCAAGAUCCAUGCAAAACCCAAAAAUGUCCGAUAGGAUACAAAUGUGUCCCAGAUCCAAAAGUAUGCCUGUCAUUGAUGCACAAACCUUGUACACAAUUUAUGUGUGUUAAUGGUUCGACAAACUGCAAAAACCUUCCAGAAGAACCUGUAUGCGACACAGAGAAUAGACAAUACCCAAACUCAUGCUUUUUGGCACACAACAACGCAAGGUUUGCCUACAAAGGUCCCUGCCUGAAGAACUGCCAGAACAGCGGACAAGUAUGCGGUAUCAACGGCAGAACAUACUCCUCUGAAUGCGCAGCAUUUGCAGACAUGGUCUCCGUAGACUAUCUCGGACCAUGCGUGGCUGUUGGAUUGAUAACGGACACAAAAAGUCCAAGCUGCGCAAACGUCAUCUGUAAAGAGCUAUCGAACCCGAACUGUCUUGGCAUAACCCCACCUGGAGCCUGCUGUCCAAUAUGUGGGGGUUCCUUGAGGCUCCUUUAUUCAAGAAAACAGAUAGAUCGAGCGCUCUACGCUCUUCAGAACGAGAGUACAGACUCUUUGACUCUAAGAGCUCUUCUCAAAUCUCUCGAGAGGCAGAUUCAAGUCGUACAGUGUACUUUACGAGGUUAUCUUACGGUAGAACUGGAUAUUUUUGUUAGUGUACAAUCAACAGAGAAGAAUCCAACAGAUAUACAGCUGGAAGCAUGUGUUAGGGAGGCUGAAAAACUGGCAAGUCUCAUAAACUUGCAGAGUCCUAGGAUAGCCAGCGAGUUGAGUUUGAGCUCAUUAACAUUGGCAAAGAUUGUACAUACAUUGGACACCUCUGGUAUAUCUUCUACUUUAAGUAGGCCUUUAUCAACAGUCCUGGUGAUGUUAAUCUCUAUUGUUUUACUUCAUAGGUGAAACUCUAAGUGGUCUUGUUGAAGUCGUUAUAGUACCUGCAUUACUCUAAGCAGAAUAUGGUUUCGUUUGUCCCCAGAGCCUUCAUAUUUGUUUUUUUUGGACGGCUCUUCCUUCUUCUUUGUGUCUGUAGACUUUUGAAAUUUUGACUUGUUUACAUGAAUUAAUGGAGUAUCGGUAUAGUUACAAAACUAUGGAAUAUACUUUAAGACAUUUCUUUACUCAACGUGCCAAAUCACUGAAAAAUUAAUAUUACGUAUUUCGCAUCGAAUUUCUUUGCCACUGUGAUAUAGAUAUAGAAAUAAUAUGAAACAAUUUUCAGACGUUUUCAUUCAAUCUACAAGUAACUUUGAAGAACUCUUUAAAUUUUUUACCAAAGAUGAUUAUUGCAAGUGCAAACUUGAAUUGUUGUGAACACAAUUAUUGUACGUAAUAGUAUAUUGUCAAGACAAAAGUGUAUAUAAUUGUAUAUAAACAUAUAUAUACUAUUAUUGAAUGUUUGUACUGAAAUUUAUUUAUAUUGUGUAGUUUUAAGAUGUUGAACCAAUAAAAUUUCAUAAACACAUA